AUGAAAAAGCUAGUCCCUGUUGUUUCAGAUGGAACAGGUAUUCCAGCACAGACUGGAGGGGAAACCAAGUCGGAGAGACACCUCGUUGGGAAGGCCACACAGAAAUGCUUCUACUUGGCUAGAGUACCCUGGGCUAAGGGUCGUCAGGCCUAUUUUGGACGCAGAAAGAACAAGCAGUCCUUGGAUGCUGUGGAAAAAGCAGCUUUCUUUGUGACUUUGGAUGAAACUGAGCAGGGCUACAGGAAAGAGGAUCCAGUGACUUCAAUGGAUACAUAUGCAAAGUCUCUGCUGCAUGGCAGUUGUUACGACAGAUGGUUUGACAAAACAUUCACUCUUGUAGUGUUCAAGAAUGGCAAAAUGGGCCUGAACACAGAGCAUUCUUGGGCAGAUGCUUCUAUUGUUGGACAACUUUGGGAGAAUGUUAUGUCUUCUGAUUGCCUUCAACUGGGCUAUACAGAGGAUGGUCAUUGCAAAGGAGACAUCAAUCAAAAUAUUCCUUUCCCCACCAGACUACAGUGGGAAAUCCCAGAAGAAUGCCAAGAAGUGAUUGAGAGGUCCCUGUGCACUGCGAAAUCUCUAGCAGAUGAUGUGGACUUUUAUUCUUUUCCCUUUGAUACUUUUGGAAAAGGGUUAAUCAAGAAAGCCAAAAUAAGCCCUGAUGCCUUUGUGCAGCUUUCCCUUCAGCUUGCUUACUAUCGGGACAUGGGAAAAUUUUGUUUAACAUAUGAAGCCUCUAUGACCCGCCUGUUCAGAGAAGGCAGGACAGAAACAGUGUGCUCAUGUACUACCGAAUCGUGCAAUUAUGUUCAAGCCAUGGAAGAUCCAACCCAAAAUAAUGAAUAGAGGUGAACACUACUCAGGAUUGCUGCUGAUAAACACCAGCACUUGUAUCGCCUUGCCAUGACUGGUGCAGGCAUUGACCGCCAUCUGUUCUGCCUUUAUGUGGUGUCCAAAUACCUUGGUGUUGAGUCUCCUUUCCUUAAGGAAGUUUUGUCAGAGCCUUGGAGGUUGUCAACAAGUCAGACACCACAGCAGCACAUUAACCUGGAGAAGAACCCUGAGUUUGUAUCCAGUGGCGGAGGCUUUGGACCUGUUGCUGCUGAUGGUUAUGGUGUGUCUUACAUUCUUGUGGGUGAACACCUCAUCCAUUUCCAUGUGUCCAGCAAAUUCUCUUGUCCUGAGACAGAUUCUCAUCGUUUUGGAAAAAACAUCAAGCAAGCAAUGGUUGACAUCAUCGCUUUAUUUGGCGUUGGUAUGAACUCUACCAAGUGAUUCCCUAAUAUCAAUGCCAGUGUCCUACCAUUGGGGUGAGAACUCUUCUGAUCAAUGAAUGAAAGCAAGGUGUACUACGCAACGGUUAGAGGGGCAUUUGGGUCAUAAUCAUCCAGUGAUCACCUGUGAAUAAGGAUUCAACACCUAGGCUGAGGUUCAAAUGUCCUAUCACUUUGCAAUAGCUCAGAAGAGUUUUCUUCCCAUAAGGGAUAACUUUAGACAUCCUGUGUGAUUCUAGGGAUAGUAUAAGGCAACAUCAUGUGAAAGGCAUGUGUACUGUAGCUACUGUAGGCCUGUCUCAAUUUUGUGUACAUUUAGUAACUUUUUACUUAAAAUCUGGGUCUACUUGUAUUUCAUAAAUGAGUGGAUAAAAUUUAUUAAGUCAACCUCAAUCAGCAGAAAGUAUUUGACUUCAUACAUACUGGUAGCAAAACAUCAAUUAGUAUAUCUGCUGCUUCUGUCUGAGAGUGACAAGGCUUGUGGGUAUUCAUCUAAGUUGUCACUUUUUAAAGGUAUUUCUUUGCAUUGAAAAUAUAUCACAACCCGACAUAAUCUAUGUAAUGCACUAACUGAAAAUACACUGUGCUUCUUGGAAAUAAGUAUAUGCUGCAGUGGGUGGUAAAAUAGUUGCAUUACAUAAGAGAAUGGCAGGUAUAACCUAUUUUCCUCUGUUUUAUAAGCAUAUAGUUUACCACAUCUUAAAUUUUAUUACCAUCCGAACAUAACUGCAUGUUGUAUGAGCCAGUGCCUUAAAAAUGAAAGGCCUCAAAUACAGGGAAAUCUUACACUUUAGUGAUUUGAUCACUAAAUCAAACAGUUCAAUUUUAGGGGAUUACUUCACAUCUUGAGCACUGAUUUUGGGAAAAGUUGGUGUUUUGCAUUCCCUUCAGUAAAGUCAUCCUUAGGUUCAAUCUGAUUUCCUUUAUGCAUGGAGUUUCACAGAAUUUUUGAUUAUUGAAAUGGUGGAGUCCAUGAAAUUUUGCAAGCAUGACUCAACAGAAGUUGUAUACAUCCAGAAUUACUUUGAAGUUAUAAUUGUCCUAUCACCAUUGUAGUCAAGAGGAGUUUUGCUUACUUAAGUACCACAGUUGGACACUAUGAACCUGACCUGCGUGUGCUGAGUACCAACAACUUCUACAACUUUCAGUGGAAAAUGAGGUGCUCAACAGCUUUCAGGAUCAUAACCGACACUGACACUUUUGAUAUAUAAUGUGGCAUAUUGCCUUUUUUUUCUGUUUGAAAAUCUGGCAAUAAUACAUCUGAGUAUCUUCAGUAGAUUAAGGGGGAGGAAGGCCAGUAUACCUAUUCUGCAGCUGAUCUUUUCCCAGAGCUUUGCAGAAUAAAAAUGUCAACAAUACCAAAGCUGUGUCCUAUGCAGAGUAAAAAAGACACCACUACAGUAGUUUUGUGUUGUCUUAUUGAAUAUAAUAUAAUAUUCAUUCAAAGCAAGACCAUCAUGAAUUCAACAGAGACAACAGAUCUGCUAUGAAGUGGCCUGGAAACUUUUUUUGUGGCAAAGUAAAAAUA